AUGAACAAAGUAGAUAAAGAUCCAGCCUUCAUAGAAGUUACAGUGGACUAUGCUGAGAAGGAGAACACAAUAGCAAAAGCUCUAGAAGAUCUCAAGGCCAAUUUUUACUGUGAACUCUGUGACAAGCAGUACUACAAGCAUCAGGAGUUUGACAAUCACAUUAAUUCAUAUGACCAUGCUCACAAGCAGAGACUCAAAGAACUGAAACAAAGGGAAUUUGCUCGAAAUGUAGCAUCUAAAUCCAGGAAAGAUGAAAGAAAACAGGAAAAGGCACUCCAACGUCUGCAUAAGCUGGCCGAGCUAAGGAAAGAAACUGUAUGUGCUCCUGGAAGUGGCCCCAUGUUCAAGUCAACAACUGUUACUGUUAGAGAAAACUGUAAUGAAAUUUCCCAAAGAGCUGUUGUGGAUUCAGAUAAUAACCAGGAAGACUUCAAAUAUACUUUGAUUCAUAGUGAAGAGAAUGCUAAAGAUGUUACCACUCUUGCUGCAGAUCCAGAAAGUGCAAAUAGUUAUACAAAAAAUAAUCAACUUGGAGAUCAAACCCAGGGAAUUCCCAGACACAAAAUUGGCUUUUCUUUUGCAUUUCCAAAGAAAGCGUCUGUGAAGCUGGAGUCCUCAGCUGCAGCCUUCUCUGAAUACAAUGAUGAUGCCUCCGUGGAAAAAGGAUUUAACAGAAAAAGUAGAUUUGUCCCCAGUGCUUGUCAUCUUCAACUAUCUUCCCCAACAGAUGUGCUUUUGAGUUCUGAGGAGAACGCUAACUCUUUUCAUCCACCAGAGGGAAUAUGCACUGAAAAAGAAACUGCUCAAACUCAAGAGAUGAAAGAAGUUUCUAUUGAAAAAGAUACAUUAUUAUUACCUUCAUUUUGCCAGUUUCAACUCUCUUUAUCUUCGGAUGCAGGUAACUGUCAAAAUUCAGUCCCAUUAGCAGAUCCAAUACCCCUGGAAGAUGCUGUUAUUAAUGAAGACAUACCUAUGAGUGGAAACAGUUCUGAGUUGUUAGGAAAUAAAUGCACAGUUACUGAUGUGGCUAAUGGUUGCAUAUCUUUGGGAGCUACCACAGAGGAAAAUAUUAAGGACAAUGAUGCACCCACAAUUGAAGCUGAAAAUCAAAACCAUGAUCCUGAGAUGUUGGCCCCUUCAAAGUCUGAAGAGGAUAAUAUAACCUUACAUAAAAAAGCAGAUUUCUAUAAAAGACCAUGUGAGCCAUUUGUACCUGUACUUAACAAAGAUGGAUCCACAGUUCUUCAGUGGCCAUCAGAAAUGCUGAUUUUCACAACUACUCAACCAUCAAUUUCCUACAGCUGUAAUCCUCUCUGUUUUGACUUCAAGUCCACGAAAUUAAACAACAAUCUAGAUAAAAAUAAGCUGCCUUUAAACGAUCUUUCUUCUCAGCAGAAGGGAGAGGACAUUUGCAAGAGACCAGUUUUGGAUUCCAAAGACACAUCUAGUGCCCGACUCACAGAUUAUAAAAUUGGAGGUAGCAGAAAUGAACCCACCCAGGUCACUCCUCUUUGUGCUGAAGAUACACGCUCCAAUAGUUGUGAUUCUGGAAAAAGUGAGAAUACAGGUCAGAGGUAUAAAACUAUUUCCUGUAGGAUCAGAAAAACAAAAAAAUAUAGUUGUAUUAAAAAGCAACACUCUAAAAAGGACACUCUAGAUGAAAAAUAUGGCAAAACAAGGUUGAAAGAUACUCAUGAACACUGCUUCCAUAAAAGUAGAAGAAAGAAAAAAAGAAGAAAGUUAUGUCGACAUCAUUAUGGGGAGAAAACCAAAGAAUCAAAAACUCAUUUCAAACUGGAAACAGAAAACAGUGACACUGAUACAACUAGGAAAAAUCUACUGGAAACAAUUUCAGAAAAGCAGUAUUUAGCUGUAGAGCAAUUAUUAGACUCACAUCAAUUACCUGUUAAAAGGCCCAAAUCAGCAUCUAUAUGCUUAAGUGAAAAUGAAGAAAUGUGUAAAACCUGGAACACUGAAUAUAAUAACGAUAAUAUUAGUUCUAAAAAUCACUGUACAAAGAACUCGAUUGUUUUAAAUGGACAGUCCAACCCAACAACAAUGCAUUCUGGGAAACAUAAUUUAACAUACGCCAGAACUUACUGUAGUUGUAAAGCCAAACCGCCCAGCUGUAGUCAGGAUCACAAAUGCCUCGUUCUUCAAAAUGACAUGAAAUGCAUGAGUCAGAAUCAGGCUGUUAAAAGAAGUUAUAAUUCUCUCAUUAAUGAGUCAGAAAGAGUUCAUCGAAAACGUAGACAACAUUCAUAUUCUUAUUCAUCAGAUGAAAGUUCGAGUGGACAAAAUUAUUUCCCGGAAGAAUUUUUGGGGCCACCACGUGCUUCCGCGCCCUUUAAGCCUAAAAGGAAACGGAGGAGAAAAAGAAGCAGAUUCCACACCAGAGCUGAAGCUUUAGAACUCAAAGAAAAUACAGAUUAUCCCAUGAAUGGGAAUUCUUCCUUAUGCCACCAGGGUGAGUUAAUAAGUGAAGACAAAAAAGAGGAAUCACCACCAGAAGACAUUGCAGAUGUCGAAAGGAACUCGGAACAAACAGACCAAAUAGGAAACAAGCUGACUUCACAUCCCAGCAGUCCCCUUCCUCCUGGAACUAGUGGUGAAACUGAGCAUUUCGUCACGGAGGCCACCGCUGGUGAACUGCCGGAGAUUUCCAAUGUACCCACCACACCUGUCUACGUCGCCAGCGCCCCAGCAAAAGAAGAUAUCGGCAGUACUUUGCGGGAACACAAGGAAAGAAGCAAGACUAUAGAUACUCAUGAAAUGCAAAUCCCUUUCAAGGUGCCUAGUAUUGAAAGGAACUUCAGGCAGCCGCAACCUAAGGCAUACCUUUGCCAUUAUGAGCUGGCGGACACCCUUCCCCACGGCAAGGUGAAUGAGGCGUCCACCGAGUGGCUGCGUUUUAAUUCAGGAAUUCUUAACGCACCGCCACCGUUACCGUUCAAAGAAGCACAUGUCAGUGGCCACACCUUUGUAACCACAGAGCAAAUCCUGGCUCCACUGGCUUUACCAGAACAGGCCUUCUUGAUCCCAAUAGAAAACCACGACAAAUUGAAAAACCUACCCUGUGAGGUCUACCAGCACAUCAUGCCACCGAACAUGCUGGCCAACAAGGUCAAAUUUACUUUCCCUCCCGCUGCUCUCCCGCCCCCUGGCAUACCUCUGCAGCCUUUGUCCCUGCAGCAGCCCUUAUGCUCUACCUCCGUCACCACCAUCCACCACACGGUUCUGCAGCAGCACGCGGCCGCCGCCGCCGCCGCCGCGGCCGCCGCCGCCGCAGGAACCUUUAAAGUGCUUCAGCCACACCAACAGUUUCUGUCCCAAGUCCCAGCUCUCACCAGAACAUCGUUACCUCAAAUCUCAGUAGGACCCGUAGGACCCAGGCUGUGUCCAGGGAAUCAGCCAGCUUUCGUUGCUCCUCCUCAGAUGCCAAUCAUUCCAGCGUCGGUUCUUCAUCCGAGCCACCUGGCUUUCCCGCCUUUGCCCCACGCUCUCUUUCCUUCGCUGCUUUCCCCGCACCCUGCGGUCAUCCCACUCCAGCCCCUCUUCUAGUCAUCACCACGAACCGGAAAGAAAAUAGGAAAACUAUUGCUAUAUGCGUACAUGCUCAUCCACGUGGAUAAUUGCCUAUUGAAAGGGUGGAAAGAAACUAGUCAAACUAUGGCCUCAUUGAUAUGAAAUCAUUUACUGUAAGUCUAAUGAUGCAAAUAAAUACUUAGUUUCUGAUAUAUAAUAUUAUUAAGGCACUGAAUAGUUUAAAAAUAAAUACGAUAUAUGCUGUAUAUUAAAAUGAUGUCUUAAGAGUAUGUAUAAUGUACAUAAAAUAUAUUUAUAGUACUGUAAUUUAUGUUGUAAAGUAUGCUCUUUGUUUUUUAUUUAAAUCUUUGUGUAUUUGCACCUAUUUAAUGUUUAGACAACGCUGAUGGCACUAUGUUUUGUACCAUGUUCCUUGAAACUGUAAAUUCAGUGAAAAAUAUCUCUUGCAAUAAAUUUUUGUUAAAUAUUUAAGUAAA